CUGCGAUCACGUCUUUAAAAACGAAAGUAAGACAAUAAUCAAAAUUUCAAACCAUUCUCCAUUAGUCUUAAAAAAAAAAAAGAAGAAGAAGAAGAAGAAGAAGAAGAAAGAAAGAAGAAUAUGGAAGAGGCUUCUAUCGGAACCACCACUACCACCACCGUCGUGGUUGAUUCCGGCAACAAAGCAGACGAAAGGGUGUACAAGGGAAAUGUAGAGGAUCAGAAAAGCGAAAGAUUGAAACGUAACAAGAAAGGAGGUGGAGGUGGAAAGCCUGGACGCUUUGACCGGUGCUUCUCAUCAUACGCGGAGAUAUCAUCACCUUCGCCCGAUCGGCCCUUGGAAACCGUGGAUUCCAACAAGUUCAAAGAAGACAUCAGGAAAUGGGCUAAAAACGUCGCUGGUUAUGCCCGUCAGCUCAGUGAUCGAUUCGGCGGCAGUGGUGGCAGCAGCUCCCGCCAAUGAAUAACAACAUCUUAUCACCGUUUGCUAUAUCUGUCAGUAACAAUGUAAGAUCAUCCCUCGUUAGUUCAUCUGUGUAUAAACAUAAAAUGUAAAUCAUUCGUUUGUUUGUAACUACUAACUACAACGCCUAUUCCUGUCCUUAGUAGUUAUCGUCGAAUUCAUUUGUUCAAUUCACCUUUUCAUUUUUCAUAUCUUAAGAUACAUACAUGUUGACUUGUAACUUGUUUGAUAUCGGAAGCCACAACAAGUAGAUGAUUCAUGAUACUUAGAUUGAAUCGUAGAAGGGAUUAUUGGUCUUCCACAUAUUAUUAUCAUCAUUUUCUGCCACUGUUCCGGCUUUGAGAUGGGGGUUCACUUAACCUUGUUGAUCUGUCGGAUAUCGAAAAUUAUUUUCUCUUUUCAAUUUCAUUUAUCUACCCUAUUUAAUUAGUAGUUAUAGUCUCGCAUUAAACCUUGAUGAUGAGAUUAUUUUU